UAAAUAGAUGAAUGAAAAAGAGAAGAAUGAAGAGUUUAUGCCAAGGUGAAUGGAAUAGGGAGAGAUACUUUUUAGGAGUCUUAACAUUUUAGAGGACAAAUAUUCACUGUCUAGCAGUGGAUCUCAAACUAAUUUCUUUUCCAGUGUACCUUUAGGAUACCUGCUUUGAUACAGUCAGUUUGUUGGUGGUAAUUCUUAUUUGAGAGGGCUGAGUGUCAUUCUAGUACAGAGGUUCUCAUCUUGUGGGUUGUGACUCCUUUGGGGGUAGAAUGACUCUUUUACAGGGGUCACAUAUCAGGUAUCCUGCAUAUCAGAUAUUUACAAUAUGAUUCAUAACAGUAGCAAAAUUACUGUUAUGAAGUAGCAGUGACAUAAUAUAAUGUUUGGGGGGGUCACCACAACAUGAAGAACUAUAUUAAAGGGUUGCAGGAUUAGGAAGGUUGAGAACCACUACUCUAGAGGAUGAUAAUAGGGCUUAUAAAUUAUUGGAAAAGCAGUAUUAGGAAAAAAAACAUUUUAAUAUGUUGGGGGGGAAAUGGUAGUCUUCAGAGUCAGCUUGGGGUGAUAGGCACUAACUAAACAAGAUCUUAGCUUUUAAAAUACUUCUGGUCUAACUUUCUUACAGCAUUAAAGUGACUGACUUUCCAUAAUGUUUGGUGGCUAUGAGACUAUAGAAGCAUAUGAAGAUGAUCUUUACCGUGAAGAUUCAUCUAGUGAACUGAGUGUUGAUAGUGAGGUGGAAUUUCAGCUCUACAGCCAAGUUCAUUAUGCCCAGAAUUUGCAUAGUGCCAACAAGGAAGAAAGGUAUGAGGAAAAGAACUGUGAGAAUUCUGAAACAGCAGGUAUUGAACCAAGCCAGAAGAACUUAAUCGUUCUUUCAGAUAGUGAGGUCAUCCAGCUAUCAGAUACAUCAGAGGUCAUCACAUUAUCUGAUGAAGAUAGUAUUUAUAGAUGUAAAAGAAAAAAUAUUAAAGUUCAAGCACAAGAAAAGAACCAAAGUCCUGCUUCUCCUCAUCCUAAUAAAUUGGCUAAGAAACGCAAGAGGGAUAAUGAGAAGCCUGAACCUGAAGAGACGUCAAGGGUAAUCCAAGAGGUCAUGGUCAUAGAGGUCAGUUCAAAUGAGGAGGAAGAAAGUACCAUUUCAGAGAAUGAAAAUGUGGAAAGCUGGAUGCUACUGGGAUGUGAGGGAGAUGAUAAAGACAAUGACAUCCUUCUCAACCUUGUGGGAUGUGAAAACACUGAUGCUGAAGGGGAAGAUGAUGUAAACUGGUUCAUCAGUGACAAAGACAUCGAGGCCAAGAUAGGCAAUAACAGAUCAUCUGGAAGAUUGACCAACCGAUAUUAUACAGCCAACAAAAAUGUCACAUGUAGAAAUUGUGAUAAACGUGGCCAUUUGUCAAAAAACUGCCCCUUACCACAAAAAGUCCGGCCUUGUUGCCUCUGCUCAGAGAGAGGACACCUCCAGUAUGGCUGUCCCGCCCGUUUCUGCUUAGACUGCUCUUUGCCCAUGUCUUCCACACACAGAUGUCUUGAAAGAUCUUCCUGGAGAAAACGUUGUGACCGAUGUGAUAUGAUAGGCCACUAUGCUGACGCCUGCCCAGAAAUCUGGAGGCAGUAUCACCUAACGACUAAACCUGGACCACCUAAAAAACCAAAGACCCCUUCUGGACAAUCAGCAUUAGUGUAUUGCUACAACUGUGCACGGAAAGGCCACUAUGGGCAUGAAUGUACAGAAAGGCGAAUGUUUAACCAGACGUUUCCAACAUCUCCGUUCAUCUACUACUAUGAUGACAAAUAUGAGAUCCAGCAGCGAGAUCAGAGAAUAAAGCGAAAAGUGAAAGAAAUCCAGAAAAACGGAGAUUUUCCAAGGCAGUUCAAAAGACCACACAUUGAAGAGACAGAUAAGAGGGGCCACCAUGAUGUGAGAAAAAGCCAUUCCUCAAGGAAGAGCAGCAGGUGGCCUCGAGAAAGUAAAGAAACCCACAGAGAAAUGAGCAGAGAGAGAAAAGGUGAGAAGCACAGGCGGGCUCGCUGGCGUGCUGAUGUGGAUGAAGACUUCCCUAGGGGCUCCAAACCCCAGGCCUCUGGCAGGGUUGCAAACCAGAAGCCAUCCAGGUUCCAUCACCAUUCCUCCCAUUACCACAGGCUGAGAGAAGAGAGGCUCCUCAGGGAGAGCAAGCGCAGCAAGCCCAAGAAAAGGAAGUGCUCGGAAGAUGACAGCAAUGAUAAUUUAUUUCUUAUUAAGCAAAGGAAGAAAAAAACGAAGCUGUGAGGCAGUUUCUGACCUGGUCUUCACGUUACACCAUUCUGGCAGCGUUCUAUUAACUGUUAAAUGAAGGGAGGUUUUGGGUUUUGAUUGCUUAAUUUCGGCCAUACCUAGAGUUGCUGAGCGGAGGCCACAGAGAGCUCUGAUCUGUGUUCACAGUCUGCUUACUAGGUAGGAAGGUAAACCUGGGUUUCAGUUCCUAUAGCAAUUCUACUUGAGGUAGGAAACCUGUCAUUUUAAGAAAACCUUUUUUAAAUACUUUGAAAAAAUUACAAGCUCUUUAAAUAUUCAUCUGCCAUGUUUGAGGACUUAAAAGCUCAUUAGAAGAGAGAUUAUUUAUUACUAAUAAAAUCAUCACCUUUUUAGCAUUUUUUUUUUUUUUUUUUUUUUUUUUUUUUUUUUUUUUUUUUUUUUUUUUUUUUUUUUUUUUUACCACUGGAAAUCAAUGAAAAUCCAAAUCCAGAAGCUGUUGGAGUCUUUCUCUGGACAGACAGAAAAGCUGGUGUGGAAAGGAGCUGUCAGAGGAGGGGCAAUAGCAGAGUUCGCGUGCAGGGUCUGCAGUAUGGGUGUGCAAGGCAGGUUUCCUGAGACACAUGGGAGGCAUCCUCAAAACUUUACCAUAAUCACAGUGAGACUGUUUUUACCAUUUUACAGCCAUACUUCAAGAAAUAGAGAUGAAUAUCACCCAACUGAAUUUGUUUUAAUGGAUCGUUUUGAAUACCACAAAGCUAUUCAGAAUCUUUUGUACUUGUGAACCUUUUUUACACUUGUGAAAGCCUAAUGUUAGAAUAAGAAAAAUAAAAUGCCUGAAACAGUGA